UGGGGUUAAAUCAUACACCAGGGACAAUCCCCGACACAGGCUGGGAGCUGCCACUGCUGGCCAACAGGUGAAACACUCAACUCUCGCCUCUGUGCCAUUUCUGGUUCCCGGACCCACUGUUGAACCUUUGUUGACUAAAACCCUUAGUCUUAUUGAAUCCUCGUACUUCCCUGCCCCGUGUCACCUCGUCUGCUCUGUUGUCAUUCUUUUUACCCCCGUGUGUCUUCAGGGGCUGCAAUUUUAGGAAACGACUUAUUAAAAAAAAGAAGUUCAGAGAAACCUUGACCCUGACCCUGACCCUGACCGUCCUGCGCUGACGUGGGACCCUUCCUGGAGGUUGAAGGUACACGCCGCACCUGCACACGUGGGAGGACUCCAGCUGCAGCUGUGUUGGACUCUGCUCCGCUGCUGACGUUCCUACUGUGUGUGGUUUGGACCGUCUUCACCAGGAACUUUCUCAGGGGUUGUUAAUCAUCACGGCUGUGGAGAUAAGACAAGACCUCUCUGAUAGUCGCGCGGCCGUGGAUGGAGUGGGGGCGUGUGGGUGUGUGUGUGUGUGUGUGUGUGUGUGUGUGUGCGUGUGUGCGUGCGCUGGAUCGUCAGGGCGUGGAGCUGCCAGUGGAGGAGGGUGGAACUCCGCUCCUUCCUUCCUACAGAGCUGAGGAUCAUCCAGCCGAGCGCACACCCCGACGGCACGCACCGCUGCUGCGCACAGGCUCGCGGACACGCGCACCUUAUUCCAGGCUGCCAGGACUUUGUUGGAGCUUCAGAAUAAACACCGCAGCUGGAUGAGAAGCUGAUGAGUCCAGUGAAGGUGGAGGCUGAGCUGGAGAAAGAUGUGGAACUGCUUUACGCGCGGCCGUGCCUAGGUUUGCGCAGCAUGCGCGCAGGUUUUGGUGAAGUGUCCCGGUGUGAGUGACUUCUUUCUCCGGUUCCUGUGGAGGAGUAUGAAGUGCUGUGGCACGGCAUGUUUCCUGCCCGCUGUCCCUCUGCUCAGGAUUACGACUGAUGGGAUGUAGUAAAUGGAGAGCUGCGGUCAACUUUGGACAGCUGAAGGUGCAGUCCAAGCUGUCCGUGCUCUUCACCAUGAUCGUCCUCUUCACCUACCUCUUCUACUGCCUCAACGGAUACUGCGACUCUCUGCCCAGACCCGUGUUCAGCCACAGGACGAAGGGUAAAAACAGUCGGAAUCUUGGCAUUCGAUGCACGAUUGUUAGCAAGCAGCAGCAGCAGCAGCAGCAGUUCGGUGCGUCUCCUCCAUCACCGUCACAUCUCACAGACCUGUGGAGCAGCGUGGCUCCUUCAGGCAGCAGCAGCAGCAGCAGCAGCAGCAACAUGUCUAUAGCCAACAGCUUCGGCAGUAAGAAGUUUCCUCAGGCCAUCAUCAUCGGAGUGAAGAAGGGAGGAACCAGAGCUCUGCUGGAGUUUCUCCGCAUCCACCCAGACGUCAGGGCGGUGGGAUCUGAACCGCACUUCUUCGACCGCUUCUACGACAAGGGACUGGACUGGUACAGGAACUUGAUGCCUCGGACCCUGGAUGGUCAGAUCACCAUGGAGAAGACCCCCAGUUACUUCAUCACCAAAGAAGCCCCUCGCCGUGUGUUCUCCAUGAGCCGCCGCACCAAACUCAUUGUGGUGGUGCGGGAUCCCGUGACCCGGGCUGUUUCCGACUACACCCAGACUCUGACCAAAUCUCCAGGCCUGCCCUCGUUCCAGAACCUGGCCUUCCGUAACAUCACCACGGGACUUAUAGACACGUCGUGGAGCGCCGUACGCAUUGGCAUCUACGCCAAACACCUGGAGAACUGGCUGAGGUUCUUUCCGCUCUCACGCUUCCUCUUUGUGAGUGGAGAACGCCUUGUUUCAGACCCAGCUGGUGAAAUGGGCCGCGUCCAGGACUUUCUGGGGCUCAAACGGGUGGUGACGGACAAGCAUUUCUACUUUAACCAGACCAAAGGUUUCCCCUGCCUGAAGAAGCCGGAGGGGAGCAGCAGGCCACGCUGCCUGGGGAAAUCCAAGGGCAGGCCCCACCCCCAGAUCCCCUCUGGGGUCCUGCUCAGACUCAGAGACUUCUACAGACCCUUCAACCUCAAGUUCUACCAAAUGACUGGACAUAACUUUGGCUGGGACUAAAGGCUGACGUACUGAAGCUUUACAUGCAGCUCCAGUCCAAUCAGCUCUGAGCUCCACAGACUCAGCUCCUCAGUUCCAUUACUCCUGAAAACGUGGGAUUGGAGCAGUUGUGUCACCAAAGACUUUUCUGUUCUUAUUUCCAUCACUUUUAAGUUAUUACAUCAGUUCCUCGUCCCACAUCACCUAGGGUUUACACACACCCAGCUGGUUUAGCGCUAGCCACAGUCAACACCAAAGCUGGUCGAGAUAUAAAAUGUACAUCAGAAAUGGGUGUAGCCGAGUGAGGCCUAAAUCAACAACAUGGUCGCUGUUGUUUGCUGCUGGUGUUUCACCGAGACUUCUUUAACCCCGCGUUCACACCAAAGGCAUUUUUCGAUCAUCGCUUCAUUCAGGCUUGUCAUACCUGACACGCAAUCUGCUUAACUUCGCUUCGUCGGGAUAAAGUCGUCGCUGAUUGGAUGUUGUGUGUUAUUAAAUCUCCUGCUGUCGCGUCAUUUACAUUGAUGGUGUACGUGGAACAGCCACUUAAUUUGCGUCUCUCGCAUUUUGUGUGAUCGCCAGUAGACAGUCCAGCUGUUUUUUUGGACAGCUAGGAUUGGCUGGAUUAAUGGAUUAGGCUGAACUAGAAUUGCUAAGUAAUAAGUAAUGAACUGCACACAAGGUAUUCAAAGAUCAAAGAUUCACUAAAGUAUCAAAUAAGACCAAGGAAACAGUUCUCCGAGGUACUCGAGGUGGAACUUCUGUAACUUUGAUGGCUGCGUUCCAUUUCUUUUAUACCAGACUUGAUACUCACUGGCUCUGAGUCCUACUGCGAGGACUUGGCCCCGUAAAUUCCAAAUGUAUCUCUGGUUGUAAUUGGUGACCACAACACAACAUCUGUGUCAAAAAUACCAGCGGGAAAUGAUGCCAGAUGAGAAAAGAAUGAGCGGGUUGGACAGACGGGCGGAGUCAGGACACGACACGACUCUCAGCUGCAGCAGUGACAGCCAAUACAAAUGUAAAUGUAUGAAUGAGAUGUGAAAUAAUCAUCAGGUCAUUUAAAAAAAUCUCCAUUCUUUUAUCUCCCCUUCAUACAGUCGUUCUCCAAACCCUCCUGAAGAUUCUGUCUCUUCCUGGAUUUAUUUUUUCUUUUAAUGAAGCUGCAGUUGAAGGUUCUGUUCCUUCAAACACAGUCCACGGUCUGUGCUGUUAUUUAAAGUACUUACUUACAACUCUACGUUUGCCUAAUUUUGUUUUUUUCAGAAAUGUCUAUAAUUUAUAAGAGGACAAAUGUUGUUGGGUUGAUGUUUACUCUGACACUUUUGUAUCUGAAGCUCUGCUGAAAUUCUUCAGUUAAAAAAAUCUCUACUGAAAUCUGUUGAAGACUUU